GCAACAGAGGGGGAGUGAUCGGGUAUGACUGAGUGCAGGGCGGAUUCAUCAAAAAUGGCAUCGCCGGCGCUAAGUGUUCGAUGUGGAUAAUAUGUGGAAGCCAUUUUCCAUUGUUUCCGGCGAGUUCCAGGAUGUCGCCGGCUGUUAUGAUACCUCUUUCUCGUAGAUUCUCUACAGUUGCAUGCCCGGUAAGCUUCCUUCCUCGCCAAAAGUUUCAACCGAGACCGGCCAACUUUUGCGAUCCUUUCUCCGAGAUAAAUAACCAAAGCAAACUUCUUGAAUCAUCGCUCAUCUCUACGCUUGAUGAAUGCAUCGGAAUCGGUCAAGUCAAGCAAGUCCACGGCCAUGUUUUUCGCAAAGGUCUCGAUCAAAGCUGCUACGUUCUCUCGAAGCUCGUUCGCACGCUUACCAAGCUUGGCGUGCCCAUGGAUCGGUACCCUCUCCGCAUCAUUGAGCCUGUCCAGUACAGGAACCCGUUUCUCUGGACUGCAGUGAUUCGUGGGUAUGCAGUGCAAGGUUCGCUUGCUGUAGCCGUGUCCAUGUAUGGCCGUAUGAGGGAAGAAGGAAUCAGACCUGUUUCUUUCACCUUCUCGGCGCUUUUGAAAGCUUGCGGUUUGGUUAACGACGUGAAUUUGGGUCAGCAGUUUCACGCGCAGUCAAUUAUUCUUGGUCAGUUUGCUUCCGACUUGUACGUGGGCAACACCAUGAUAGAUAUGUACGUGAGAUGCGGAUGUCUAGAUUGCGCGCGUAAGGUGUUCGACGAAAUGCCGGAACGAGACUUGAUCUCGUGGACCGAGCUCAUUGUUGCGUACGCGAGAGCUGGGGAUAUGGUGUCUGCCGAUGAACUAUUCGAGGGCUUGGUUGCGAAGGACAUGGUUGCUUGGACCGCAAUGGUGACAGGAUUUGCGCAGAAUGCUAGACCCUGGAAAGCUCUAGAAUAUUUCAGGAAAAUGCAGGAUUCAGGAAUUGGAAUCGAUGAAGUCACUCUCGUUGGCGUAAUCUCGGCCUGUGCGCAGCUAGGAGCAACCAAGUACGGCGAUUGGGUCCGUGACAUUGCUCGGAAAUCUGGGUUUGAUCCAAGUCACGAUGUCGUUGUUGGGUCUGCUUUGAUCGACAUGUACUCAAAAUGCGGCAAAGUAGACGAUGCUCUAAAGGUUUUUGAGUCGAUGAACGCAAAGAAUGUCUUCUCAUACAGUUCUAUGAUCAUGGGGUUCGCUAUGCAUGGCCGUGCUCAGGCUGCAAUAGAUUUAUUCCAUCACAUGGUAACAAAGACCACGAUAAAGCCAAACGAUGUAACAUUCAUUGGCGUGCUCACGGCCUGCAGUCACACGGGACUUGUGGAACAGGGACGUCAGAUAUUUGUUUCUAUGCGUGAAACCUUGGGUAUUGAGCCCACUGCUAAUCUGUCUACAUGUAUGGUUGAUCUUCUUGGCCGUGCAGGACGGCUAGACGAAGCACUUGAGCUGAUCAAAUCCAUGUCGAUCGAGCAACACGGUGUUGUAUGGGGAGCACUGCUCGGGGCCUGCAAGAUCCACAACAAUCCAGAUGUUGCCGAUAUCGCUGCUCAACAUCUGUUUGAACUCGAACCUGAUGCAAUUGGGAACUAUAUCUUGCUCUCUAAUGUGUACGCAUCGGCUGGGGAUUGGGAUGGUGUUAUGCGAGUGAGGAAGCUGAUCAGGGAAAAGGGUCUGAAGAAGAACCCGGCAUCUAGCUGGGUGGAAGACAAUAAAGGUCAGAUGCACGAGUUUUUUGCAAGCAACUUGACCCAUCCAAUGUACAAUGAGAUUAAAGAGACACUCGAGAAACUCCUGGAGAGGUUGAAAGCAAUUGGGUACCGGCCGGAUUUAAGUUCUGUACCGUAUGAUGUGAACGAUGACGAAAAGAUGCGUAUACUCGAAAUGCACAGCGAGAAGAUGGCUUUGGCGUUCUCAUUGCAGACAACUGGCGGUGAUUCAUCAAUAAGGAUCAUGAAGAACCUGAGGAUAUGUGAAGAUUGUCACUUGUUUAUGCGUUUGGCAUCAGAGGUUACAGGGAGGGAAAUUACAGUGAGGGACAAAAUGAGGUUCCACCAUUUCCGGAGUGGAGCUUGUUCUUGUGGUGAUUUUUGGUGAGAACAGAGUCUGGAUGUUUUUGACAUGGGAGACAUGAAUGAAAGGGCCAUCUCGGUGGAAUUACUUGGGGAAAAAGAAAAGGGCACGGGCAAAUCCGAGAGCUUCUAUCGAUAUUCCGGUGAUUUGGAGGCGAGAGAGCUUAUUUAACCGGAAGGAGUUUUGUCGGUGACUCGGACAUCCGGCUGGUCCACUGUCCUGUUUCUUACCGCAGUGGACUGUCAAGAUAGGAUGUGACGCAGUUUCUUCAUUCAUACAUGGAAGACUCAACCUCGAGUUGAAACGACUUCGUUUUAUAAGAAUAGAAAACGAACCUGAAAUUUGUCAAUGGUGAUCUGGGCCUGUUAGUGGGCCUAUGAGCGGGAGAUUUAAGCCCAAUUAUAAUCUCUAAGCCCAACCACAGUAGACGUGUCUUCCUUCUGCUUUGGGGCCAACAUUUGUACGUGGCGAGCCCACGUGUCUAAUAUUCUCUCCAUAUUGCUUUUGCUAUUGUUGCGUUUUUA